GUUGGUUUGGCCGGGACAAGUUCGUAGCCUAGGAAACGGGUGUAGCUACAAGACAACAACACUGAUAAGUCAAUUUUCUUAUCGUGUUAUAUAAAUCCUAAAAUAUCCAUUUACCUUUGUCAUAAAAUAAAUAGUUUUGGCAUCCUAAAAAAACUGUGUAAAGGAGACGAUCAUCUGGGGCUAUGAUAAUUUUGACAGUUCAAAGUAUGGCUGGCAGACUUUGAGUGUGGCGACGAGGUGCUUGUGGAGUCGUCGCCGCCUGCCUCGCCCGUCAUGGCUGCUCGGCUCGCGGCCCCAGCGCAGGGUUCGACGGCAGGCGCCGGGGGCGGAGGCUCUCCGAGUAGUACAGUGCGUGAGCUCAUCGUCAUACCGGAACUGCCAAACUCUAUACAUCUUCAACACGCCAUUCAACAGGUGUCGAGCACGGUGGUGGAGGUGAACGGCGACAGCUCCGGACACUCUAGCCCCACUGCAGAAGCUCAGCAUACAUAUAUAACUGUCGCAAUGCAGGGCGCAUGGCAGGCCGGCUCGCUGCACGUGAAGGAGGAGCUCAGUGACCAGGAAAGCAAGUGCGGUAACGGAGUCAAUUAUCAUGUGCAGUAUGUGGAGCCCCAGGAAAUUUACACUCAAGGUCACCAGCCACAGAUGGAGACUCUCCGCACGUACCCUGUAUACGGCGUCACUACCGUGGCUCCGGCCACCACGGAGGCGGCCGCUGACAACACGUGGGCGGGCGGCGCCACAGCUGAGUAUACUGCCUACGGCGUCGUGGUGGCGGGGGACGAGGCGGAGGCGCCUGCGUCGCCGGCCACGCCCGCCGCUGGUCCUCAGGUGCGCAUGCCGCCCGCCACCGUGCAGUGGCUGCUCGACCACUACGAGACCGCUGAAGGCGUGUCUCUGCCACGUUCGACGCUGUACUCGCACUACUUGCGCCACUGCUCGGCGCACCGGCUGGACCCGGUGAACGCGGCGUCGUUCGGUAAACUCAUACGGUCCGUGUUCGUGGGCCUGCGCACGCGCCGCCUCGGCACCCGCGGCAACUCCAAGUACCACUACUACGGCAUUAGGGCCAAAGCUAACACCGGCGACUCGCCGCCCGCCCUCGAUGUCAGCGAUGAGAAGACCGAACUGGUAGAACCACAGGUGAGUGCACGCAACAUACGGGUUUCUUGAUGCGUAAAAACGUGUGAUCGU